GAAAUUUGUUUCUGUAUUCCUAAAGACGAUGUGUUAUUAUUUAUGAACAUUUUUCAUUAGGGUAUAUAUAAUAAAAAUGAAAUUAUUGCACAUUUUGGUGUGUUUGUUUCUGAUGGUGUUCACCACAACAAAACAAGAUGCUGACAACAUAGUAAUUGAUGACAAUGUUAUGAAGGUUGGUCAAAAAGUUGAUGAAGCUUCUGUUACUCCAAGUACAAAAAAGAAGUUCAAUGUCAGCGAGCAUCGAUUAAUCUACACAAAAACACCAGAUGGACGUCCGUACGCUGUGUAUGACAACAUUAUACCAUCAAAAUAUCAAGUUCUUGUAAAAAAUUAUUUAACGUUUGACAACGAGGGUUGGUUAUUCAAUAAUUAUGAUUCUGAUGAUGUAAACAAGCAGAGAACUCAUGACAAUACACCCUGGAUAAAUGAUCGUGAUCCGGUAGCAUUUAGUAAAACUAAAUUAUGUAAAAGGUUAUUACGGGCUGUUAUUGAUGUAUCAAAAGACGAAGGACCGUAUUAUCCUUACAGAGUUUUUGGCAAAAUUAUUCGUCGUGGAGAUCAUACCAGAGUGUCUGCAGAUAGCACAGAUGAAGGUGAAUUUUCUGUGAUGAUGUUCGUAAACGAGUUUUGGAAGAAAAAUUAUUAUGGGGAGUUAUAUUUGUAUGAUAAAAAACGAGAAAUUAUUGGCGGAGCUACUCAUAAAGGUGGAAGAGUUGUAGUAUGGGAAAGUACGAUAUUUCGGCUCAACAGACCACCAGCUGUUUCAUUUUUACAAGGACAAGUUAUAUUUCAAGUUCAAUUCUCAAAAGAUAAAUCAAAAAUGGAAGCUAGUUAUACCAAACUUCUGCAGUAUAGAAAGGACCGUGAAUAUUCAUAUAAGAACUGGUAUCUACCACAAUACAAACUUUCUGAAGAUGAGCCGUUCACUGCUCCUGAUCCUGCAAAACACAAGGUUCUUGAAUACACCACCAAAACUGAUGGUCGUAAAAUUGUUGUGUUUGAUGGUUUAUUUUCCAAAGACUUAUUGGAUCACUUGCGUGGUUUUGUUUUAAAAUAUGGUACUUAUUUCUAUGAUGAUUCGAUUGACUCGUCUUCAGACAAUGUUCAGUGGAUUGCAGGAUUUCUUCUAAAUCCAUAUAUUCAAAGCCCAUACUGGAAAAUUAUCAGAAAGCUCGCAUCAUACGUAACAGGGAAUCCGAACAUGUUUCCCUAUGAUGUGUCGAUUAACCUUAUACGCAGCUCUGAUCACACACGUAUCCAUGGUGAUGUUGGUUACUAUGGGGAGGAGGAAUUCACAGUUUUGGUGUAUCUAAAUCCUGAAUGGACAAAAAAUAAUUAUGGAGAAACGACGUUUUUUGAGAAGAACAGCGAUGACACGGAAAUCGUUGCUCAAGUAAGACCUCGUUAUGGACGAACUGUGAUAUUUGAUGGAAAUAUUCCUCAUUCUGCAAGACCACCAAGCUUCAACUAUUCAGGAGCUCGUCUCACUUUCGUGACAAAGCUUCACAAGAAUGAAUACACUGGCCGGAAGAAAAACUUUCAGGAGGAAAUGAGACAUUACAUGGCAGCAGUGCACGGUUUGAGUUAUCUAGAUGAAUUAAAAGGGCGAAGAGGCGAAAUCAUUGCGAGAAAACAGUUGGAUGAAAAAAAGAAAAUGAUGGAAGCAUCGACUUACCAUCCUGAGACUGAAGUGGGAGACGACAGUGAUGGCGUAGAAGAAAAAGAGAACGAAGAAGAAGAAGAUGAAGACGAGAAAGAACCGUUGAGAGAGCCGCUUAAAAUGACAAAAGAGGAGUUGAAGCAGAUCCAAAGAGAACAAGAGAAUUUGCCGUUUGUAGAAGACAGAGAAGGACUGGACGAAGAAAGUUUAGAAUUUGUUACUCCACUCGAUGACGUCACUGAGAGUACUGAGGACGCAGUGGAAAAAAUCAUUACAGCCCAUUCGAAAAUGAGAACUCGGUAUAGUAAAUUGAUGCAGGAAUAUGAUGAGAAAAUCACCGCGUUGAUGUGAGAUUUGUAAUGCGCAAUGUAAGCGAAAUAGAAAGAAAUUUUUUUUAGAAAUUAAGUCGAAAUUGAAAAGUUUUAUUCUGCAAUCGUUAAUGUUGGGACAAAUGUAUCCCUUAACAUUUCGUAGACUCCUUUCUCUGUCUCAAUGUUCAAAUACUGUUACAGAGCCCCCUGGGGUUUUCUAAAUUGAGAAAUGAAGAUGGGGAGGGGUGGUUGAUCUUUAAUUGUUCCGAUAUAUUCUGCACACGAAAUGAUGCAAUGUUGUAGCUAAAAAAAGAUUAUUGAUUAUUUUUCUACGAUUUUUAAACUUUAUUUGUUUAUGCAUUUGUCUCGCUUUUUAUAUCUUUGUUUAAUUUCUGUGUAGUUAUAUAGGUCCGUGUCUACGCUCGAUUACUUUCGCAUUAUUAACACAGAGAAUUGUUUUCUGACAUGGUCGCCAAAGGGGCUUAAACAGGCUUUAAAACCUGAUGAAGGAAUUGUAAGACUAGAUAGCAUACCUUUUCCGAAAUGGGCUGGAAAAAUGCUUUCAUAACUUCACCUUUGUAGCUUUGGUUUGCAUGCAUAUUUUUUUUCUCUUAUGAAAAAAGAUAUUUAACCCAUAUUAAAAGGCUAGCCCUUUUUUGGAGAAGAGUUAGGAAACAAUACGCAACCUUUAAAGCUGAAAGAAAGUAUACCUGACUGGUUUCUUUCUCGCAAACCUGUUUGCCACACUGUGAAUUAUUAUAAUGUAAGAGGUGUUGCUUUCGUGAAAAAAUUAAUUACUUCGUUUUGUUCUUUUGUAUAUAACUUUACUUUUUUAAAUACACGUGCUCCAGUAAGUUGUGUAUAACUUUCUCUUCUAAAUUUCCAGGCGUGUUUUUCUACUAAAACUGUAUGAAAUUCGUGUGACAUUACCACUAAGGCUGAAGGGUGUUCAGGGUUAGUGCUUGUGUUUAUGCGAGACAUCGUUUUCAGCACAGUAAUGCCACGUUCUAAUUCUUGACCGUUAAUUUCUUUUUUAUUCGCAUAACGCUUUCUAAAUUUUGUUUUUUAAGUAUCUUUCGAAUAUUGCAGUUUUCUUUUUAAUUCCCUGCUGUAUGACUGUGUGUUAUUUUUUCUUCCCUUUUUGUAUGUAACAAAUUUUGAUAAAAAAAAUGAUUGAUGUUUUACAAGUGAUGUUAGAGCUGAUGUUUUAUGAAUUUUUUUUCUAGAGUAUUGGAAUCUGAAUAUUUUUUAUAGCUAUUUAUAGUUCCUGGUAUUUAAAAAUAUUUUUAAAAUACAUGGUAUACACGUGAUCAAUAUAUUUUCCUGAACUUUUUUGGUUUACAUCUUUUAUAUUUUGUGUUUUUAGUUUAAAUUAGUUGUAUUUACCUUGGAUUGUUUUUUUUAUUAUUUAAGACGAAAUUAUAAAUCCGUUUGUUGAA